UUAUAAUUUACCUAUAAUAAACCUAUGUCCAUAAUCUAUAUACUUAUUCGCACAAAUGGUAUUUUCGGUAGAAUAAACACGCUCUCCCAAACGGUAUAGAACGGUACACAAUUCGCCCAAAAAUACCACAUUUUGGGUCGAAUCGCCGGGGACAUUUGCCACUCGACAGACAAGCAGAUUCGAUCAAUGCCUAAAUACUUGUACUUCUUUAACCUGUAUCAUAAAUCGUAACAAUGAUCUGACACCAAGCAUGAACAUGAAAGAGCCAUGGCCGGCCAUACAAUCACGAGUUACCAAACAUUGCUAUACCUGUUCACGUUCGUCGCAAUCGGCGAAAUACUGUGUCAGGGUAGAGACUUCCCUGCAGCGAGACUUCAGACGCCACUGCCGAAGGGGCGCGCCAUACCUGUAGCCUCCGCCAACGGAGGUCCUGCGGCGAACGCCAUCGGCCGCCCGACCAAGCAACAGCAGCAGGACGCCAUCCAGAAACAGACCACGCCGACUCCGCCGGUCUCGGUCAAAGAGCUGUUCAACUCUUCGUCGUGCGUCGAACCUCCGUUCACGUGCCCUCAUCCGAAGAUCCAGUUUUACUUGUACACCAGACUCACGCAGAACAAUCCCGACUUGAUGGACGUGACCGACCCGGAAUCGCUGUACACGUCACAUUUCAACCCCAAACAUCCGGUCAAGAUUAUCAUACACGGAUUCCAAGGCGGCCGAAACCUGUCGCCUAGUACCGAUCUCCGGAACGCUUAUUUCACUCGGGGAAACUACAAUAUAAUCAUAGUGGACUACUCGAGUUUGGCGCAGAUACCUUGUCUAAACCAAGUGGAAUGGGCGCCUAGAUUCUGUGCCAUGUGCAUCGCUCAACUGGCCAACUACCUGGCCGACCAUCCCCGAGGAGUUCCGCCCGACAAGCUGCACAUGAUGGGGUACAGCGUGGGCGCUCACAUCGCUGGCCUGACGUCCAACUUCAUCAACUCGGGAAAAAUCGGACGGAUCACCGGCUUGGACCCGACGAUCAUAUUCUACAUGAGCAACAACCGAUCCAGAGACCUCGAUCCCACAGACGCUCAUUUCGUGGACAUCAUACACACGGCGGCGGGCAUCCUGGGUCAGUGGGGCCCCAGCGGACACGCCGAUUUCUACGUGAACGGCGGCACUUCGCAGCCCGGCUGCGCCAGCGACAGCAUCAUUC